AUUUGUCUGCAGUGCACUUUCUCUUUCCAACAUUUAAAAGCAGACAAACUGUCUUCUUCCUUUCUUCCUUUCUUCUUAUUCUAUGGUGUUUUUCACUCUCUCUCCUCACUCUACUCUCUCUAUCCCUUCCUGUUGAUCCACUAGUUUUAGAGAGAGAAAAUAAUGGAGAAAGCUCUGACAAAAGUAGGAAGCAUCAAAUCUGCAGCAGGAAGUUUAUGGCUUACUAAGAAAGCUAAGGAAGAACUUCUCGACAUCUCCCAAGAUAUCUCUGCGGUCACAAAUGUGGUCGAGGAGAAAGCGAAAUGGUUGUUCAACAAGUUGAAGGGUAAGCCAACAAAAAAUUUACCCGAACUUCUGAGAGAGUACAACCUACCAUCAGGCAUCUUCCCCGAGAACAUAACGUGUUACGAGUUUGAUGAGACAAAAGCAAAGCUUAUAGUUUACUUGCCUCACCCUUGUGAGGUAACUUUCAAGGACUCGUCAGUUUUACGAUAUGCUACACGAGUGAAAACAAUCUUGUUGAGAGGAAAAAUGAUGAGCAUUGAGGGAAUGAAGACCAAGGUAUUGGUUUGGGUGAAGGUUGCGAGUUUGGGUGUUGAGGGUGUUAAAUCUGACAAACUAUGGUUCACUGCUGGAGUGAAGAAAUCUAGGUCGAGAGAUGUCUACGAUACGCCUCAAAUUGCUCGUAGAGUACAAGAAUUCUGAGGUCAUAAUGGCCUUGAAAACUUCUUAUAGUAGUGAUGACUGAUUCAUUUUCGUCAAUAUUUUGAGAUUCUUUGAUACCCACGUUGUAUGCCAUGUUGAUGCUUCAAAUAUCAUAAACAUAUAUUCUGGAUUACGGGAACUGCAAAGAGAGAUCAGUUGCAUCGGUUUGCAAACAAAUGUAGUGAAGUGCUGCGAGAAAAUUUGCUAGCAUUAAGGUUAAAGUACAAGCUGCUCGCUGCUCGAACUAUCUAUAAUUUGCCUACAAACAGCGCUCUGUAGUUUGUAGUGAUACACUUAUACUGGUUGUAUCAAUUGUUUAAAUACGGUAACUGGACAUGAAAUGAUUCAUCAUCCCGAUUGAACUUUAUUUAGAUCAACAUUUAUGAUGCA